CGGCCACAGCUGAUUUCACAUGUACUCUGCCGCGCCGCGGUGUCACACGCCCGUCCGCGCUCGCCUUCGGAAAAUGCCGGUUGUCUUGUGUCAAUGAAAACACGUGAAUGUGACUUUGGACUAUCGUAACCUGUUGGAAACUGUACAGUUAAACAUCCAGACUUAGCUGAUGCGAGAUCAAUGCGAAGCGUGAGCCAUGCGCAGCGACAUGGCUUACCGCGGGCUGUCGCAGCACGUGGAGCUGGACAGGGCCGCCGACCCCCGCGACCGGUUCAACCUGCAGGAGCUCAUCGGCGAGGGCACCUAUGGAGAGGUGUACUGCGCGCGCGACAAGAAGACUGGCAGACGCGUCGCAGUCAAGAUAUUGGAGAACAUAACGGAAAAUAUUGAGGAGAUUGAAGAGGAAUUUUUAGUUUUCCGCGAUCUGUCCAGUCAUCCCAAUAUUCCUGAGUUCUUUGGUCUGUUCCUCAAACGUGGUCUAUCGGCUGAUGACGACCAAAUAUGGUUCGUUAUGGAACUAUGUACUGGUGGUUCAGUGACUGACCUGUGUGCUGGAUUGAGGGCUCGUGGCAGCAGUCUUACGGAGCCUCAGCUGGCCUACGUCCUACGUGGGACCGUACGUGCCCUCACGCAUCUCCAUGCUCACCGGUGCAUGCACCGUGACGUCAAAGGUCACAACAUACUUCUCACCGAAGAUGGCGAAGUGAAACUGGUCGACUUCGGAGUGUCCUCGCAUCUGGCAGCCACAGCUGCGAGAAGAAAUACGUCAGUAGGCACCCCCUAUUGGAUGGCUCCAGAAGUCAUCGCAUGCGAACAGCAAUUGGAUCAGUCGUAUGACUGCAGAUGCGAUGUGUGGUCAGUUGGUAUCACAGCCAUUGAGUUGGCAGAAGGAGAACCUCCACUAUCGGGAUUACAUCCAAUGAGAGCCCUCUUUCAAAUUCCGAGAAAUCCUCCACCAUCUUUAUCCCAUCCAGAUUUGUUCUCGCCACAGCUCGUAGAUUUCAUUGCUGACUGUCUCAUCAAGGACAUGAAUCAAAGACCCUUUGCAAGAGAACUCCUUGAACAUCCAUUGCUAUUAGCAGUUAGUGCUUUCGAAGAUAAGAUCCGCAAAGAGCUCCAAGCUGAAAUAAAACGGCAAAGAGCCGAGGGCCGCAGCUGUCGAGCACCAGAUGCCACCACUAAAAGAGGGAAACUCAAAUCUCACCGAAAAGCGAAACCAGAGAAAAUGUAUACCGAUGACUUAGCUACUCUAGAAGUUUUAACAGAAGACGCUAUUGUGGAGCAACUCCAAAAGAGAUACAAUCAGAAUCAAAUAUACACGUAUAUUGGAGACAUUUUGGUCGCGGUCAACCCUUUCACUGAUAUCGGAAUCUACACGACGAAGGUAAAUAAUACUUCGAGUCAACAAAUAUACCAGGGUCGGUGCCGGUCGGACAACCCGCCCCAUAUUUACGCGGUGGCCGACGCCGCUCACCAGGCGCUCAUGCAUCAGAAGCAGCAUCAGGCCAUAGUCAUCUCGGGCGAGAGCGGUGCUGGCAAAACCGAGUCAGCCAACCUUUUGCUGAAGCAACUUGUAUUCUUAUCGAAGACACAAAGUGGCAAUGUAGAAGAAAAGAUUCUCCAAGUGAAUCCGAUCAUGGAGGCUUUCGGCAACGCCCGAACAGGGAUCAACGCGAACAGUUCCCGCUUCGGGAAGUACCUGGACAUGUCCAUGAUGAGGGUCGGCAGGAUCUCCGGGGCGAGGAUAUCCGUGUACCUUCUGGAACAGUCGAGAGUGGUGCAUCAGGCUUUGGGUGAAAGCAACUUCCACGUGUUCUACUACCUAUACGACGGGCUGGAGAGCGAGGGUCGCUGGAGGAAGUUCUACCUGGAUGAGCAGCUCAAGUCCCGGCACCGGUACCUGCAGCCGUUGUCUGUGGUCCACCGCGAGCACAACGUGCAUCGGUGGAGGCAGCUCAAUCAGGCUUUCAAGGUCGUUGGAUUCCAAGAAGAAGAGGUACAAAUAAUAUACAAAAUGCUGGCAGCUAUUUUGCAUCUCGGCGAUAUCGAAUUCGGGGAAAUGGCUGGCGAAGACAACGCAGACAACAGAGCUACUAUUAUCGACACAGCGCCGCUUCACAGAGCAUCAUGUCUCCUCGGCGUGGAGACUGCAGACCUCCGGGAAUGCCUUACGAGCAGCAGCGUGGUGGCCAGGGGAGAGACCAUAGCCAGGCACAGUUCGCCCACCGAGGCUGCCGUAGCAAGGGACGCGACCGCCAGGGGACUCUACGCCAGAGCCUUCGACAGGAUAGUGGAGAGAAUCAACGCUCUACUCUGCCAAAACAGACCACACAGCAAUGAACAACUAUCCAUAGGGAUACUUGACAUCUUUGGAUUCGAAAAUUUCACUAAAAAUUCAUUCGAGCAGCUCUGUAUUAACGUUGCAAACGAGCAAAUACAGUACUACUUCAACCAGCACAUCUUCACUUGGGAGCAGCAAGAGUACAUGGCCGAAGGGGUUCCCGUGGACCUGGUGGAGUUCUCAGACAACAGGCCUGUGCUGGACAUGCUCCUGUCUAGACCUAUGGGACUGCUAGCUCUGCUGGACGAAGAAAGCAGAUUCCCGCGGGCAUCAGACAGAACUCUCAUCGAAAAGUUUCACAAUAAUGUAAAGAGUAAAUAUUACGUCCGGCCGAAGUCUGAUGCAAUAUGUUUUGCUGUGCAUCACUUUGCGGGCCGCGUGGUUUACCAGGCUGACGGUUUCUUGGAGAAGAACAGGAACUUCUUACCACCAGAAGUGGUCCAGUUGAUGAGGCAGAGCCAGUAUGACAUAAUCAGAUUCCUGUUUCAGUGCCCUAUUACUAAGACUGGGAAUUUAUAUUCACCUCUUCAAGGAGAUAUUGAUUCUAGAACUUUAGAAAGUCCUGUCUACGGAGAUUCUCGGGAUCGAUUUAACAGUCGAGGUCUUGCUUCGCAAUCCCGUGCCCAGCAAACCGUGGCCACUUACUUCCGAUAUUCGUUGAUGGAACUGCUCCAAAAGAUGGUCAGUGGAACCCCUCAAUUUGUCCGCUGCUUGAAACCAAACGACUCCCGAUCGCCGAAACAUUUCGACUCCGCAAAGAUAUUAAAGCAACUUAGGUAUACUGGGGUGCUGGAGACAAUUAGAAUAAGGCAAAAUGGAUUCUCCCAUCGUCUUCCAUUUGAAGAGUUUUUGAAGAGGUAUGGAUUCUUAGCGUAUAGCUAUGACGAAGAAGUGAAACCAAAUCGUGAUACAUGUCGUAUCCUACUUAUGAGACUUAAAAUGGAUGGAUGGGCUCUUGGUAAAUCGAAGGUCUUCCUCAAGUAUUACCACGUUGAAGUACUGGCUAGAAUUUAUGAGGAACAGAUAAGAAAAGUGGUGCUAGUGCAAGCAUGCGCCCGCGGCUGGCUCGCGCGCCGCUACUUCCAGCGGCUGAAGGCGCAGAUGGCCAUCUCGGUGCUGACGCUGCAGCGGCACGUGCGCGGCUGGCUCACCAGGAAGCGCCUGCAGGAGCGGCAGCGGCAGCUGGCCAGGGAGUUCCAGCGGGAGCAGGAGAGCCAGAGGAGACAUCAAAAGCCUGGUGUUCCAAACAAAAACAAGGCCAUGAUGAAAGCGAAGGCGCUGCGGCGCAUGACGUCAGACGACAGCGACAGCAACGAGAUCAUGUCCGGCAACAAGGAGAACAUCGACACCGCGCGCGCUGCCGUCGUCAUACAGAGCCAUUUCCGCGGCUACACGGCCCGGCGCAAGUGGGCGAAGGGGCGCGCGCCGCCGCCGCCGCCGCAGCACGCGCCGCCGCCCACGCCGCAGCAGCUCAUGCAGCAGUACUCGGUGCAGGAGCGCGCCGCACAGCUGCAGACCUUCGCAGACCGGGUCCACGACAAGAACCAAGAGGUCCACAAGAACCUCAGGCGGAACAAGCCGGGUAUCCGUCUGCACGACGUGCAGCGACCCCCGGACGAGUACCGGCCGCCGCCCGGGUUCACGCUCGUGCCCGCCAUCGUGCGCGGCCAGCCUUCGCAGCUGGAGCAGGACGCGAGCAGACUAUCCAGUCCCUCGCCAGAAUUUCUGGAGAGCCCAGCGAGACCUUGGGAUCAGCCAUUGCUGAGUAAGAAAGACUUUGAGAUCAAACCCACAAGAUACCAAGCCCACAGCAAUGAGCACUGCGAGGACCGGCACCUGCAGCCCAACCAGAACUGGCAGAACCUGCCGUGCAGCCGCCAGUGCGGCGGGCUAGUCAGCAACAAGAUAAACGAGCUCGUAAAGAACGCCCAAAAGUCUGAGGCGCCGCCACGACCGGUCUACAACCAGGCGCACGACCCCGAAUCAGAUUUCCGUAAGAUCCUGCGCAACUCGCCCGAGAUCCUCGCCACCCCUAUCUUCAGUUCGGACGACGACUACACGGAGGGACCGUUCCGCUUCAAGCAGCUUCUGAGGCCCACUCUCGGCCCGACCGAGAGCCUCCGCAAGAGGAAAGUGCGGAACUCCCCCGGACAAAGCCCGUGGAUGUCGGAUAGCUCGCAAGACAGCACUAGCUCCAAACAGCCUCUGUAUAACAAACGCCGCCCACAAAUCAGUAUGGGAGUGUAUUAUAAUUAGCCAUUUGAAUUGUUUUAUCAACCGACCGAAUAAAAAUGGUAGAGAUGGUUGGUCAUAGAAUGUUUGGUAUUUUAUAGUAAAUACCUAUAAAACAUAUUAUUUAUUGUUGAAUCAAUUUCUUGACACCUAAAUGUGAAUAACUGUUUACUUUUAAAUAAAUCCAAUAAAUAAUACGAGGAGCUUUAAAAGUUCAAAAAGCUCUAGAAUUUCAGCAACAAUAUACAUUGUUUUUGCAACCGCGGUUCUAUUGUUUCCGUCCACGCAUAAUUUAUUGGAAUACGCAUUCAGAUAAAUGGUAUACGAAUAUUAAUUUAUCAUAUCCACGUCCGCUCAUCCGCUAAUUAAUUACGUAUGCGGAUGCGUACGUCUAUCAUCCUAUUUAUUCACUCGCGGAUUUGCAAUUCAAUGAGCAGUCACGACUCAUGAACUAUGACCAGUCAACUGCGUUUGAAUAAUUACAUCGUCUAGUUUAUGUAGUUUAACUCUAUCCCUAAACACUAUAAUAACAUAGUCAAUCAAGAUUUAGAAAAAUAAUUAUAUUACUCGUAUUGUUAAGUAUAAAGGUUGAAUAUUAUUAUUUUGUAAUUUAUGUAACAUAAUGAUAUUUGAAAUAGACCACCAAUAAUGUAAUAUUUAGCAAUAUGUUCUGUCAUACGUCAUUCUUCGUAAUACAAUUACCAAAGCUUUAGUAAAUAGUUUACUUUGUAAGUUACUUAUUUUGUGGCCACAUACUAAAUAUAUUGUAUUUCUGUUCACUGUUCUAACUCCUCGAUAUACAUUAUGUAUCAGUAUUAUAGGUUUUGUAUAGUUUUUGUUAAACUUUUAAAAUUUGUAUAGGUACAAUGUGUAGAUAAAAUAUCUGAAGAAAAUAGAUCUCAGGCUGAAGUAGGCAGAAUAGGUUUCAUGGAAUUUGAUAAUGCCAUUAAAUGUAAUGGAAUUGGAUCAUUGACAACUUUUGUGAUAAUGUGCCAAUGAUUAAUAAUAAGUUUACUAGUUAUCUGU